CUCGUGCCGCUGUGCUCGGUGCGCGGGGUCCCGGCGCUGCUCUACACGCUGCGCUCCCGCCACCUGAGAGGGCGGCACAAGGGCGAGGUCAGCUUCCCAGGUGGCAAGUGCGACCCCACGGACCGGGACGUGGUGCACACGGCCCUGCGGGAGACCCAGGAGGAGCUGGGCCUCGCUGUCCCCGAGGAGCAGGUGUGGGGGCUCCUGCGGCCUUUGCACAACCAGCAAAAGGCCACUGUGGUGCCAGUGCUGGCUGGUGUGGGCCCACUGGAUCUCCAGAGCCUCAGGCCCAACCCCGAUGAGGUGGCCGAGGUGUUCGUGCUGCCGCUGGCCCACCUGCUGCAGGCCCAGAACCAGGGCUACACUCACUUCUGCAAGGGUGGCCACUUCCAGUACACGCUGCCCGUCUUCCUGCAUGGGCCACACCGCGUCUGGGGGCUGACGGCUGUCAUCACAGAGCUCACCCUGCAGCUGCUGGCCCCUGACACCUACCAGCCCCACCUGGCCAGCCCCAAGCUGCCCAAGGGCUGAGGGCCUGGCCCUCAGCUGCUCCUGCCCCUGCCCUGCAGGCCAGCUCCACUGCAGGGCCGAAUAAAGAGCUUGUACUGACUCUGGA